AUGACUACCAAGAGGAAAAUGGACGAUACCCAGUCUCCAAAGAGCAAAAUGGCCAAAAAGGAAGCAGAAAAUAAUUUGUGCAGCCAGUAUGAAGAGAAGGUCUGUCCCUGUAUUGACCUCAUUGAUUCACUGAGAGCCCUUGGGGUGGAAAAGGACUACUUGCUGGCAAUUGCUGUGAUUGUUGAUCAGAGCUCCGGGAAAAGUUCAGUUCUCGAGGCCUUGUCUGGAGUCGCCCUUCCUAGAGGCAGUGGGAUUGUUACCAGAUGUCCCUUGGAGCUCAAGCUGAAACAACUACAUAAUACAAAGGAAUGAAAAGGGAAAAUUGUGUAUCUAGGUACAGAGGUGGAACUGAAAGACCCAUCAGAGGUGGAAGCUGCUGUUAGGAGAGGUAAUUUUCAGUGGCAAUGUAGGGGUUUUUCCCGCCUUAAAAUGAUCAGUCUAUAUAGAAUUUUAGCUUACAAUAGUUCUGUAAUUCCAGUGAAGGCUAGAAGUAGAAUUAAAGUCUACUCUCGUAGUUUUCAGCGGCUUCACUUCUCAAAAAAACACUGUUUCUGGUUGUGUUGGAUAUUUGACUGUAAUCCCCUUGACUUUUACAUGUCUUUAUUUUCCAUCAACUAUUUUAUAGGCAUCCUAACCAAGCCUGAUUUGGUUGACAAAGGAACUGAGAAUGAGACAGUUGGUAUUGUCCAGAAUCAAAAAGUACCUCUGAAAAAAGGAUACAUGAUUGUUAAAUGUCACAGGCAGAGUGACCUCACUAAUAAUCUGAGCUUGGCUGAUGCAAUCAAGAAAGAGAGAGAGUUUUUUGAAGGGCAUAACUUUUUCAGUGCUCUUUUGGAAGAAGGCAGAGCUACCAUCCCACUUUUGGCAGAAAAGCUUACAGAAGAGCUCAUUGAGCACAUUCAGAGAUCACUGCCAGUUUUAGAACAGCAAGUGAAAGACAAACUCCAGAAAGCACGUCAAAGACUUAAGAAUUAUGGCCAAGGUAUUCCUGAAUCUUUGGAGGACAAGACACUUUUCUUUGUGGAAAAAAUCAAGCAUUUUAAUGAUCUCUCAAGAAUUGUGCAUGGAGAAGAGGAUAUAAAUGAUCAAAAUGACAGAAUAAAAAUUUCAUAUACACGAAAGUCAUUUAACACAUGGCAAAAUACAAUUGAUAACCUAAUUAUAGGUGAGACAUCUCCGAGUGUGGUGACUUCGAGCUCUCCAUUUUUUCUUGAGGAAGAAAGCAUAAACAAACCAGUUGACUGGUCUGUUCCACAAUGGACAAUUGACGUAAGGAAGGUUUUAUUGGAAAAAGACAUUUAUACAUUUGAACAUAUAUACCAUGGUAGAGAACUUCCAGGGUUUGUCAAUUACAAAACCUUUGAGAACAUUGUAAGAGGACAAAUUGAGCAACUAGAAUCCCCAGCAAUUGAAAUGUUGAAAGAAAUUGCAGAAUUUGUGCGGAAAACAUUUAUUGAGCUUGCUGUCCAACACUUCAAUAGUUAUUGUGCUCUCCGCAAAGCUGCUCAGAGCAAUAUUGAAGAUAUAAAGCUCACACAAGAAGAGAAAGCAGAAAAUAUGAUACACACUCAGUUUAACCUGGAAAAAGUGGUAUACUGCCAGGACAGUAUGUAUAGUGGAGAUUUAAAAGUUGUAAGAGGAAAAAACCCAUUUGGUUCUGGAAAUAAUGAGAAUACUGCAGAAAGGUGCUCAGUGGAGGAAAUGCUUUACCACUUGACUGCCUACUCCAAAAGUGUAAAAACCCAUCUUGGUACUCAGAUUCCCAUGAUCAUACAGACAUACGUAUUCAAGGAUUUUGCUGAGAGGUUACAGAACAAAAGGAUGCAGCUUUUGUAAGACAGAGAUAGUUUGGAAAUUCUCCUUCAUGAGAGAAAGGAUGUUGUCAAUAUGAGGAAUAAUUUAAAAGAAAGGAUCAAGUGACUUCAGGAAGCUCAACCACUUUUGGCAAUAUUCUCCAUUUAAACAGGAUGGUUAAUAUUUCUAUGUUAAAACUCUUCUACUUCCAGUAGCAGUUCUGCUUCUCUUAGAAACAUGUAUUAAGGGCAUUUGUAACUUAUGUUUAAUAUUUGUAAAAUUAUUUAGUGAUGCUGCUUGUCUUAAAUAAUGCAUUCAGAACCAUGACUAGCAAAGAAAACAAGACUGAAGAGAAUUAGAAUUUGUAUUUGCCACU